AGUAAGACCCUAUCUCAAAAAAGAAAAACAAAAAAAGGAAAAAGGAAAAGAAAGAUCAAAACUGAAAAAUCAACAAAUCAAGGCUUUGGUAACAAAUUGGAGAGGCAUAGAAUCAAAAUAACUAACUAUAUAGUUCAAUCCUAGAUAAUGGAAGAAGGCUGGAAGCAGAUGAAGUUAAAGCAGAGGGUGUUCAUCUGGGAAGGAAAACACUCUUUGAGUUGUUAGGGUUCUGGUUCAGUUUAGGAUUAGACAUCCCUGUAAUGCCAGUCCAUCAGGCUGUUGGAAUUACAGCUGCAGAACCACUGAAGGAGGCAUCAGAAUGGGAGCAAUGUGGGAUGAAUAAGGAUAAAUGCUAAAUCUGGGUACUAGAACGGGUAAAGAGAGAGCAGAGCAAAGGGCAGCGGUUUCAUCUUUGUGUAAAACUUACAUUCAGAACACAGAGGAAGCAGAAGCCCCACUCAACCAGGCAGAUAAAGAGAGAUCAAAGAGAUGAGGGUGAGAUAAAGUCCCCUCGGGCCAAAGGAGACUGGGAGGUUACAGACAGGGAAAAGCUGAGAAUAAUCACCUCUGAUAAAGACCACGGAAGCUGACUGGGAGCUGUUGGGUAAGCUUACGUUUGUGGGGUGGAUGGGCAGAAGUCAGAUUUCAUAGCACUGUGAACGCAACACAAGUAGUUCAAGAUCAAGUCUUAAGACAACUUGGCACUAAAAACCAUGAACUAUGUCCUGAAGGUUUUACACUGGGGAUAAGGGAACAGAGCAGGUAACACAGCAGAAGUAGCAGCUGCUGGGGAUCCUUCCUUUGAAUGGUUUGGCUUCUCUCCGAAGCCACUUAUUUGUGCAUUCUACGUAAAGUUUCUUGUCCUUUUUGGAAUAAAGCUGUUAUCCUAAGCUCUAUUCACACAAGCGUGAUAAUAAACCAGCUAGCACUGUAAUCAGGAAGCAUGCAAAAUUCUGAAGCUUAGAACAGAAAGUGAAAGCAAAUAUAAAUUCCCCUUCAGUCAAAUCUGCCGCAGCAUGAUUUAAGAUUAAAUUCAUAUAUUGAAAAUAUUAUUCUGAUCCCAUGGGACAUACUGGAGCCAGUGCAGUGCUAUGAAGAACUAGGAGAUUAGCUUGGAUAUUAACUUGUCAUCUAGAGAACAGAUUUCAUGUUUCAUUAUUCUGCAGUGGUUAAUUCAUGCAGAACACCAAGGUUUAAUAUUCACACAGGAUUUUACUGCUUAGCAGCCAUCUUGCUUCAAAUAUCCAUUUGUUCUCCGAGUUAUCACUUCACUGAGGACGCUGGGGCUUUCCCAGUAGCUGCCAAUGGGGAACCAUUUCCUUGGCAGAAGCUAAGGCUCCCCAACGUGGUCAUUCCCCUCCAUUAUGACCUCUUUGUCCAUCCGAAUCUCACCUCUCUGGACUUUGUUGCAUCUGAGAAGAUUGAGGUCUUGGUCAGCAAUGCUACCCAGUUUAUCAUCUUGCACAGCAAAGAUCUUGAAAUCAUGAAUGCCACCCUUCAGUCAGAGGAAGAUUCAAGAUACAUGAAACCAGGAAGAGAGCUGAAAGUUUUGAGUUAUCCUCCUCAUCAACAAAUUGCGCUUCUGGUUCCAGAGAAACUUAUACCUCACCUGAAAUACUAUGUGGCUAUUGACUUCCAAGCCAAGUUAGCUGAUGGCUUUGAAGGGUUUUAUAAAAGCACAUACAGAACUGUUGGUGGUGAAACAAGAAUACUUGCAGUAACGGAUUUUGAGCCAACCCAGGCACGCAUGGCUUUCCCUUGCUUUGAUGAACCAUUGUUCAAAGCCAACUUUUCCAUCAAGAUCCGAAGAGAGAGCAGGCAUAUCGCACUAUCCAACAUGCCAAAGAUCAAGACAAUUGAGCUUGAUGGAGGCCUUUUGGAAGAUCACUUUGAAACUACUGUAAAAAUGAGUACCUACCUUGUAGCCUACAUUGUUUGUGAUUUCCACUCUGUAAGUGGCACUACCUCAUCAGGAGUCAAGGUGUCCAUCUACGCGUCCCCAGACAAAUGGAAUCAAACAUAUUAUGCUUUGCAGGCAUCAUUGAAGCUACUUGAUUUUUAUGAAAAGUACUUUGAUAUCAACUAUCCACUCCCCAAACUGGAUUUAAUUGCUAUUCCUGACUUUGGAUCUGGAGCCAUGGAAAAUUGGGGCCUCAUUACAUAUAAGGAGACAUCACUGCUUUUUGAUCCCAAGACCUCUUCUGCUUCUGAUAAGCUGUGGGUCACCAGAGUCAUAGCCCAUGAAUUGGCGCACCAGUGGUUUGGCAAUCUGGUCACAAUGGAAUGGUGGAAUGAUAUUUGGCUUAAUGAGGGUUUUGCAAACUACAUGGAACUUAUUGCUGUUAAUGCUACAUAUCCAGAGCUGCAAGUCGAUGACUACUUUUUGAAUGUGUGUUUUGAAGUAAUUACAAGAGAUUCAUUGAAUUCAUCCCGCCCUGUCUCCAAACCAGCAGAAACCCCGACUCAAAUACAGGAAAUGUUUGAUGAAGUUUCCUAUAACAAGGGAGCUUGUAUUUUGAAUAUGCUGAGGGAUUUUCUGACUGAGGAAAAAUUCCAGAAAGGAAUAAUUCACUACUUAAAGAAGUUCAGCUAUAGAAAUGCUAGGAAUGAUGAUUAGUGGAGCAGUCUGUCCAAUAGUUGUUUAGAAAGUGAUUUUACAUCUGGUGGAGUUUGUCCUUCAGAUUCCAAGAUGACAAGUAACAUGCUCACCUUUCUGGGGGAAAAUGUGGGGGUCAAAGAGAUGAUGACUACGUGGACUCUCCAGAAAGGUAUCCCACUCCUGGUGGUUAAACAAGAUGGGUGUUCACUCCGACUGCAACAGGAACGCUUCCUCAAGGGGGUUUUCCAAGAGGACCCUGAAUGGAGGGUUCUGCAGGAAAGGUACCUGUGGCAUAUCCCAUUGACCUAUUCCACAAGUUCCUCUAAUGUGAUCCACAGACACAUUCUAAAAUCAAAGACAGAUAUUCUGGAUUUACCUGAAAAGACCAGUUGGGUGAAAUUUAAUGUGGACUCAAAUGGCUACUACAUCGUUCACUAUGAGGGUCAUGGAUGGGACCAACUUAUUACACAGCUGAAUCAGAACCACACACUUCUCAGACCUAAGGACAGAAUAGGUCUGAUUCAUGAUGUGUUUCAGCUAGUUGGUGCAGGAAGACUGACCCUAGACAAAGCUCUUGACAUGACUCACUACCUCCAACGUGAAACAAGCAGCCCUGCACUUCUCAAAGGUCUGAGUUACUUAGAAUUGCUUUACCGCAUGAUGGACAGAAGCAAUAUUUCAGAUGUCUCUGAAAACCUCAAGCAUUACCUUCUUCAGUAUUUUAAGCCAUUGAUUGACAGGCAAAGCUGGAGUGACGAGGGCUCAGUCUGGGACAGGAUGCUCCACUCUGCUCUCUUGAAGCUGGCCUGUGACCUGAACCAUGCUCCUUGCAUCCAGAAAGCUGCUGAACUCUUCUCUCAGUGGAUGGAAUCCAGUGGAAAAUUAAAUAUACCAACAGAUGUUUUAAAUAUUGUGUAUUCUGUGGGUGCUCAGACGACAGCAGGAUGGAAUUACCUUUUAGAGCAAUAUGAAUUAUCAAUGUCAAGUGCUGAAAAAAACAAAAUUCUGUAUGGUUUGUCAACGAGCAAGCAUCAGGAAAAGUUACUGAAGUUACUUGAACUAGGAAUGGAAGGAAAAGUUAUCAAGAUACAAGACUUGGCAGCUCUCCUUCAUGCAAUUGCCAGAAAUCCAAAGGGGCAGCAAUUAGCAUGGGAUUUUGUGAGAGAAAACUGGACCCAUCUUCUGAAAAAAUUUGACUUGGGCUCAUUUGACAUAAGGAUAAUCAUCUCCAGCACAACAUCUCACUUUUCCUGCAAGGAUAAAUUGCAAGAGGUUAAACUAUUUUUUGAAUCUCUUGAGGCUCAAGGAUCACAUCUGGAUAUUUUUCAAAUUGUUCUGGAAACCAUAACCAAAAAUAUAAAAUGGCUGGAGAAGAAUCUUCCCACUCUGAGGACUUGGCUACUGCUUAGUACUUAAAUAGUCAACAGAAAGAGCACAUCAGACGUGACUGCCUACAUAAAGUCAAACAGAGUAACAGCAGCAAAGAUCAAGUCAAGAGCUAUGUAUAUUUUGUCUAACCAAUAAGAAGUCUCAAGAAAUCAGCCAGUGCAGCUGCCUGCUUUCAGCUAUCAUAACCAGCCAAAAGAUGCAUGAUGAUGGAGUGGUCGGGGAAGGGCAGUUUAUAUCCUAUUUAAAAGUAAACUUCCUGAAUAAUGGAUAUAUGUGGAGAUACAGUCAUAGAUAUAUAGAUAUACCUAUAAUUGUUUUGCCUCAAAUGACUUUCUCCAUUGCUUCACACUAUGCCACUAUUUUGCUUCUUUAAUUAUUUUUAACAUUGCUUAAUAUCCUGUAGUUUGCCAAACCAGUUUUCCAUACAAGGAAAAUUAGCCAAUACAUAAAAGAAAAAUCUUUCAUUUGUAUCCCUUUAUCCCCUCACUCUCCCUCACCUUCAACUCAACCUGAACUAAACAGUUUAUUUAAUUUUUACCAUUCAUGAAAAAUCUGAUACAAACUAUGAAAGGGCAAGGAUCAGGAAACGAGAGACUUCAUCAUCAAAUCUCAGAUUAUUAGAAACUAGAUAUCAGGGUUUAUCAAGGAGACCAGGAAGGCCUUUUGGUUUCAAGCCGUACAUUCAUAUAGAACCCCAAGGGCAGAUUUUUGAGAACAUUCCAAAUGACGUUGAAUCUGCCCUCACAGAGAUACAAGAGGGAAAGGAAUACAAUUCAUACCCUAUUGCAUUUUUUUUUUUUAGAGACGGAAUGUUGCUCUGUUGCCAAGCCAGAGUGCAGUGGUGCAAUCUUGGUCCACUGCAACCUCCGCUUCCUGAGUUCAAAUGAUUCUCCUGCCUCAGCCUCCAGAGUAGCUGGAGUUACAGGUACCUGCCACCAUGUCCAGCUAAUUUUUGUAUUUUUAGUAGAGAUGGGGUUUCACCACGUUGGCCAGGAUGGUCUUGAUCUCCUGACCUCAUGAUCCGCCUGUCUCAGCCUCCCAAAGUGCUGGAAUUACAGGCAUCAGCCACCGCACCCCGCCAUGCUAUUGCAUUUUUAAUAAAUCUUUUGAAAUUUCCAGAAUUAGAUUGCAUUGUAUAUUUUGGGUUAAAUCAUAAUUGAAUGUAAAUAUUUAAAUGCAUCUCCAUAUUUUAUAACCCAGCUUUAGCAUUCUUCAUAUUUUACCUCCUUCUUUUAAGGGAGCCUCUUGCUCUCUGAAACGCCCUGCUAAAUGCUUCUCUUAAUUAUUUGAAUAAGGUAGUUUGGAAUAAAUAAAGAAAAGGUCACUCUACAUGCAGAUAGCAAACUUAAUCAAUUUGUGAUCCUAUAUAUGAGUCAGUGUGCAAAUACAAAUAAGUUUUAGAAAGACUUGAAACAAUAUAUAAAUGACUGACAUUUGCAUUAUUUAGGAAAGCUGGGGAUACUGGGUCAAGAGGGAAAGGUGUUAUCCAAUCCACUUUAGAGCAAUAUCAUGAAGGUCAGUGUUAGUUCCAUAUACCUUUCUUUGAUGCCACAGUCAGAGAUAGAAUACAGUCUGGGUGGGCCAUGGAUGUGCCCCAAUACAGUACACAUUUUUGUUAAAUUUGUUUUCAGAUCAUUUCAUGUAAUCUUUGAAGUAUCUUUGACUCUAUCUUUGAUGUGGUGGUGGACCUACCGUGGUUUAUAUAACACCUAUAUCACUUGUUUUUAUAACACCUAUAGUGAUAUCCUAUAGAAUUACAUGUAUUCUAAUGUAAGGAAAUUGAAAAAGUAAAAAAUACUGUUUUUUCCACCAAGAUAAUAUGUAAAUUAAGCAGUAAAAUGUGUAUGAGUUUCAGUAGAACUGUACCAUCAACAAAGUUUCCAUAAAUAUGCAGAGUUCUUUCUUUUGUGUUGUUAUAUACCAUAAAUUCCCAAGUCUUUCAUUCUCUUCCUUCUAGUUCUUUAUUUAAAUACAAUAUUGAAUUCAAUUGCAAUUUCUAGAAUUCUAAAUAAUUGAGUAAAAAAAGCAAUUUUAUUAUUUGAUGAUAAUAUGAGAAUUACUAUGCCAAUACUGCUUUGAUAAAUGAAAUAGUUUUUUAAAAAUAAAUAUAUGUACUUAUUAGUGUAGUAUUUCAAAAGCCUUAUGGUAGAUGUUAGGCCACCAACACCAACCUCAGACAUGAUUAAGUUACUUUUACUUUCUUUUACCUGAAUGAAUACAAUGUGAAAAAGUUAUAUACAAGAUCAUGACUGUAUGAUGGGGUGAGCAGAUACACCUUAUCUGGGCUUCCCCCAUUCUUCACAAGGCCCAGUGAGAGUUUUAUGGUUCCAGCAACCCACUCAUAAUGAGAAACCUUUUAGGUUAUGAAAGCCCAGAACCAAUGGCUUUGUGUAGGGGAGAGUGGACACUUUGGCCCUCAAGAGUCUAACUAGCUAAGCGCAGUGGCUUACGCAGGUAAUCCCAGUACUUUGGGAAGCCAAGGAGGGUGGAUUACUCAAGCCCAGGAGUUCAAGACCAGCCUGGGAAACCUGGGAAAACCCUGUCUCCACAAAAAUUAGCUGAGCAUGGUGGCGUAUGCCUGUAGUCCCAGCUACACGGGAGGCUGAGAUGAGAGGAUCACUCGAUCCUGGGAGGUGAAGGUUGCAGUGAGCCAAGAUCAUGCCAUUGCACUCCAGCCUGGGUGACAGAGCUAGACUUUUUCAUUAACAACAAAAAAAGGAGUCUGACUGCUGUGGUAAGGAUUUUCUUGUCCUAUAUCAGUACAUACUUCUGCACUUCAUUCCUUGCUGUCACAUUGAGCCCAUUUGAGGUUCUAGACAAGCAGACCUGGCCAGAAACUACUGUAAGGAAUCCUGAUUUUCUGAUGAAGUUCCUGGGGUUUUUGGUUUUUUAAAGCCUCCAAAUAGUUCUAGGAACUACUUUUACAUCUGAACACUAAUGUCUACCAAACCUAAGUCUGCUCAAAAUGGCCUCUGCACUUUUUCCUUCACUUCCAUUCUUUAUUGACCUUCUUUCAUUCAUGUAACCAUGUAUCACUAUUUUUAAAUUUUCUUUUUCUUUUUUUUUUUUGAGAUGGAGUCUUGCACUGUCACCAGGCUGGAGUACAGUGGUGCCAUCUCAACUCAUUGCAACCUCCACCUCCCGGGUUCAAGUAAUUCUCCUGCCUCAGCCUCCCAAGUAGCUGGGACUGCAGGUGCCUGCCACCACGUCUGGCUAUUUUUUGUAUUUUUAGUAGAGAUGGGGUUUCACUAUGUUAGCCAGGAUGAUCUUGAUCUCUUGAGCUCAUGAUCCACCUGCCUCAGCCUCCCAAAAUGUUGGGAUUACAGCCACCUUACCCAGCCAAAAUUUCAACAUAUAGUGGUUUACAACUUUUACAGUUAGACCUUAAACAAAUCACAUAUUUGGUUGUCUGCUUCCUGGUAUCUUAAUCUCAUCAAAGCCAGUGUCUAAAUCAUAAGGAAGAAAGUCUGAAAAGGAUCAUGAAAGAAGUGGCUUUACUAGGUCAAAACAUAUGUAUAUUUCAUGUAAUGUUUUAUUUUAAUAAACUGUGCUGAAUAGUUUCCUUAA